AGAGUUAGUUUAGUUGUCCAGAUGACCCUGUGCGAGUCGGACUGUUACGCGAGGCUCCUCCAGGACUGAAUGGACGUGCUUACCCCCUCGACCGAAUCGUUUUUGCAUUUAUUCGCUUCUAAUCUUUUGUAAGUGACUUUAAAGUUCGCAUUGUCAUUCGUUUUAACCAGUUGCAUCGAUAUGCGUUGAUUAACUCGGUUAUCGUUGCCGUUUUGAAAAGAUAAAAACAAAUUAAGACUCGUAACUUGAGUUCUGUUAAGGGCAGACACACACGAUGGUUUUGAGAGACAUGGCGCCCAUGGCCUCAUUACGGGCUCGGAAUUUGGUCCUUUUGGUCUGUGUGGGCGUGGGGUUGGGCUUCAACAUCGAGACCGAUUACUUCGUCAUGCACAGGGGGCCUGCCGAAAGCAAAUUCGGCUUCAGCUUGGCCAUGCACCGAGAUACCACCGGGUCCUGGGUGCUCGUUGGUGCCCCGGAAGCAGAGACCCUUCAGCCCGAAAUCCAGAAGGGUGGCGCGGUGUACAGGUGCCACCCCCGAAUUCCUGACGACUGCGAGGCCAUCCCCUUCGACAAACUGGGUAAUCACUGGGAAUCAGGUCGUCAGGUGGACAACAAAAGCAUGCAGUGGUUCGGCGCCUCCGUCAUCAGUCGUAGCGGUGUCAUUGUGGCCUGCGCUCCGCGUUACGUCUGGUUCAGCGUCAAGAAAAAUCGCCGAGAACCGGUUGGGAAUUGCUUCAUUAGCACUGGCAGGGACAGCCAGGCUUACCAAAUGUACUCUCCUUGUAUGACAAGUUCCUGGGGCUACCACAGACAAGGUUCCUGUCAAGCUGGUUUUGGGACAGCCUUGACGAAGGAUGGCAACGGGCUCUUCGUUGGCGCCGUCGGGAGCUUCUAUUGGCAAGGCCAGGUGUUUUACCAAGACCUCCUGAACAAACAGGAGGCCCUAGCUACCGUGGAAGGUCCCCAGAGGGACGACAUGAGCUACCUGGGGUAUUCCAUGACCGUAGGCGAGUUCAACGGCGACGACAAGGAGGACAUUGCCGUUGGGAUGCCCAGGGGCAACGACCUGAUGGGCCAAGUGGUCAUCUUGGACGGGUCGCUGACUGUCCUGUAUAAUAUAACAGGGGAUCAGAUCGGGUCUUACUUCGGCUACGCCGUGACCGCCGGAGACUUCAACGGCGACGGCAGGGCCGACGUAGCGGUAGGAGCCCCCUGGUACACCGACCCCAAGGCCUCCGUUGACUUCGAAGUCGGGGGCGUCUUCGUCUUCACGCAGAUGGAGCAGCACAACUUUCAGCAAUCCGCGAACCUGAAGGGGCAGAAGUCCCGGAGCCACUUCGGGAUCUCAGUGGCCUCCCUGGGGGACCUCAACUUGGACAAGCACGACGACCUGGCCGUGGGAGCUCCCUAUGACGGCGACGAGGGUCGCGGAGCCGUCUACAUCUUCCUAGGGGGUCCCAAGGGGAUUACCAAGAAGCCCUCGCAAGUCCUGAAAUCGGAGGAUCUGACGAAGGUCAACAUGGCGACUUUCGGUUGGUCCCUCGCCGCUGGAGACGACAUGGACGACAAUUCGUAUCCCGACCUCGUCGUGGGCGCCUACAACACGAACAAGGCGGCUGUCUUCAGGACCAGGCCUGUGGUCAAAGUGGAAGCGAAUAUCAAGUUCAAAUCGGAGACUGGAAUCAUCGACCACGAGAGUCUGGAAUGCUCGCUGCAGGACCAGACCUCUGUGGCCUGCGUUGCUUUGCAAUACUGCUUGACCUACAAUGGCACCGGUGUGCCCAGCGAAUUGGAUAUGGAGGUGACCUUGGAACUGGACACCCAAGUGGACCUGUCUCGCCGAAUGUUUUUCCUGAGCAAAGAGGACCACAACGUGAUCACAGAGGUCCAGAAGAUGAGGAAACUCGUCCCGAAUUGCCACUCCGUCUUCACCUACCUCAUUCCCGAACUUCCUGACAAGCUGACGCCCCUGGUUGCCGAGAUGAAGUACCGCCUCUUGGACAGGGGCGCCGCCGAGCCUCGGGAGACGCUGAGGCCGAUGCUGGAGCCCGUUCCGACUUCGGAGAGGGACGUCCAGAAGACGCGCAUCAUCCUGAAGAACAACUGCGGCAACGACAACAUCUGCAUUCCUGAGCUUUCGACGCGCGUCAGGGUGAGCAUCCCCGAAUACGUCUUAGGCUCCAAGGAGAACAUCAUGCUGAUCGUGGAGAUCGAGAACACGGGGGAGGACGCCUUCCAGACCAAGACCGUCGUCCGAGUUCCCAGGGGCGUGACCUUCAGCAAGUUCGAGGUCAGGCAUAACUCCGACCCUGACCUGAGUCCCAUUUGUUCCCUGGACAACAAGGAUGACAGUGAGAGGGUCAUUUGCGACAUCGGAAAUCCGCUUCCAGCGAGGGCGAAGGUGAUACUCCACCUGGUCUUCCAGCCCAUUCCAGAGACGGUCAACAGCUCCGCCCUGGAAUUCCACGUGACCACCACCUCGGCUAACGAAGAAGGCGAAGAGGAGUCCCAGGCCUUGGCCUUACCCGUCACCGUCAGGAGUGACAUCGAUAUCAAAGGGAUAUCUUGGCCCGACGGCCCCUUCGACUACAACGUGUCCCUUUUCGGAAAGCAACUGCUCGGCGAACGCCCCAUCCAGCACGAGAAGGAAGUCGGGCCCGAGGUCAUGCACGUCUACCACGUCACCAACCAAGGGCCCUCCGACCUGCCAGGGGCGCACCUCUACCUCCUGUGGCCGACGCGGACUCUCACGGGUGACCCUCUGCUCUACCUUCUAGAUACCCGGCUGGAGUCGAGGUUCACCAAGUGUGAGAAGGUCGCGGACACCAACUACCUGGGAUUGACGGUGGACGCUGCCUCCUACGAAAACCUCAUCGUGACGCCCCUCCUAGACGCCGAGGAAGGCGAAGCCUCGCUGAGCUCAGCAGCCGCCGUUGCUGACAACCUGGUGGUUCUUCGGGAUCAACAGCAAUACCGACGGAGGAGACGCCACAACCACCACCACACCAGCAGCAGCAGCAGCAGCGACAGCAGCCACGCCCACCGACGCCACAGGAGAGAGGAGGAGGAGGAGAAGAGGGCGGUGCCGUAGGAGUCGUCAACGUCGAGAAGGAGCUCUCCUGCGGGCCCACGAAUUGCACGAGGGUGAGGUGCACGAUCUCCCCCUUCAGGAAGGAUGAUAACGUGGUCCUGAGGGUCAGGUCCAGGCUUUGGGUGGACACUAUU